CUCAACUACUCCUGAAUCCAGGACGGGUGCUUUAUCCACUGCACCAUCUAGCUGUCCCCUGGUAUAUGCUCUUUAGGAUGUGAUGGGCACUCAAUGUCCUUGGGAAUAGCUUCCCCCUGGUAGUACAGGUUGGAGUCAAUGCUUCUGCUAUGCCAUCACUUUACCUUUCAUCCCUCCCUCCUCCCCAUUAGACUCUAGGGGCUCUGGUUUCCCAAGGUAGGGCAGAGACUGAAUUAUUCACAGAAACCCAGAGAUAACAAAUCAACCCUGCCUAGGUUGCCAAGCAGGGCAGGGUGGGGCAGGUGCUUUGUUUAGAGGCUAUAAAUAACUGGCACUUACUCAGAUUACUCCUACAGGUAUAAGAUUAUUUGUGCUAAGUCAUUCUGGGAACAUUCAGCCUCAAACCACAGACUCACCCCUUUUUCCUGUUCCUCCUCUUUUCCCCUCCUUACCCUCCCAACCCUCAAUAAGCCCUUUAAGUAAGGCUCCACACCCACCUUCACUCUGAAGAGUGAAGAGUGAAGAGUGAGAGAAGUCCCUCUGCCUUCUCACCAUGGCUCACAUCGCCAAAUCCUUCUACGACCUCAGUGCUACCAGUCUGGAUGGGGAGAAAAUAGAUUUCAACACUUUCCGGGGUCGGGCAGUGCUUAUUGAGAAUGUGGCCUCCCUCUGAGGAACGACCACCAGGGACUACACCCAGCUCAACGAGUUGCAGUUCCGCUUCCCAAGGCGUCUUGUAAUACUUGGCUUCCCCUGCAACCAGUUUGGGCACCAGGAAAACUGUCAAAAUGAAGAGAUCUUAAACAGUCUCAAGCACGUCCGACCUGGAGCUGGCUUCCAGCCCAACUUUGUCCUUGUCCAAAAGUGUGAGGUGAAUGGGCAGAACGAGCAUCCUGUCUUUGCCUACCUGAAGGAUAAACUACCCUACCCUGAUGAUGACCCAUUCUCCCUCAUGACAGACCCCAAGCUCAUCAUAUGGAGUCCUGUGCGUCGCUCAGAUAUUGCCUGGAACUUUGAGAAGUUCCUAGUGGGGCCUGAAGGUGAGCCCUUUCGCCGAUACAGCCGAUCUUUCCCCACCAUCAAUAUCGAACCAGACAUCAAGCGUCUCCUCAAAGUUGCCAUAUAGAUGAGCUGUUCAGUAUACAUCCCCAUUUUCCCCUAAUCCAACCUCAGAGUUCCCUUUUCCAGGGUCUAGCAUCCUUUCCAAGGCCUGCUGGACUCAGGAGAUGCCCAAGAUCAGUACCACUGCUUGAACAUUCUUUCCUUUCUUGUCCACCUGUUCCCUUUUGGCUCCCCAGCGCUCCAGUUGGUGAUGUGAGUCAGGGCUCCAAAGUCUGGGUUGGCUCUUCACAGGAUGAUGGCAUCUUCUUAAACCCUUAGGGAAUGGGGGGUGCCUGAGAGUCGUGAAGGGCCUGAAUUCUGGUCUAUGUGAAUCCAAUAAAGGUCAGGUGUGAAAAA